AUGGAACCAGAACGGAUAGGAAAAGCACCAAGAUUCUACUUACCUUUGAUGUGUAAGAUAUGUGGGGAUGUCGCACGUGGUUUCAAUUUUGAUGUUAUAACAUGUUUAUCGUGUAAGGCUUUUUUUCGAAGAAAUGCAUUUCGAUUAUCGAGUAUACGUUGUUGCCAACGUAAAAAUUGUUGUAAAAUAACAAAAGAAACACGUAGUUAUUGCCCAGCUUGUCGUCUGAAAAAAUGUUAUGCAUUUGGUAUGAAUUCUAAUUUAAUUCAAUCUGUUUCCAAACGUGAAACAAGCUCUCAUGUGUUCAAAGAAUCGAUGAUAGAAAAACAAAAUAAAAUGCAAUUAUCCACGCCUAGACCAAUUGGUCUUCUUCAAAAUGAUUCGUCAAUGUUAUCACACGAUCAAUGGAAUCUUCUUUCGAAUAUCAUUCGAUCUUAUGAUAAGCAAAAUGUUGUCAAUGAAGUACGACGUAUACUUGAAAGCAAAUCUUCAUUACCAGCAAAAUUACGUUUGAAACCUGCCGACACAAUGGAUCUUAUGAGUAAACCUUUGGAAAACAUUGUACUACUUAUGGGAAAUUCGCCUCAUUUUUGCGCUUUAUCAAGCAAUGCUCAUCGAGCUGUGGUAUCACAUAAUAUACUUUUAACUGGCGGUCUCGAUGGAUAUUUUGUUGCUCGUGAAACUGAUCAACUCAAGAAUAUACAUUAUAUGAUUGCCAGUAGUGCUCUUUACGGCUCAGAUUUUAUGGCACAAUGUGCUAAAGACAAUGAACGUUUGGAGCCAAAUGGAAAUUUGAUUAAGAUUAUGUUAUUUGUUUUGAUAUUUUCAAGUAAUUGCUCAAUGGUUGUAUUCAAUGACAAAGAAGAUAUCAAUAUAAUGUCCAGCACCAUUGAACUAAUUCAUAUACAAAAUAUUUAUUUGGCGAUAUUAUGGAAAUAUUUAAUUUAUUUAUAUGGAUAUAAUCAAGCAAUCGUGCAUUUUUCUGCGAUGGUAAAAAGUGUUCUUGACAUGCUCCGCCGAGUAGAAGAUCUAUCCAAGAACGAUACUCUGGAAAGAAUAAUUGAUAGAGUUGUGACGCAUGCAGAACGUUCUUUGGCCAUAGAAGACUAA